UUCGGGGAAGAACCUUGUCUAGAUUCUAAACAUACGAGAAGUCUGCUGCAGUCGAAUGUAGUUCUUUUUCUUGGAUUCUGUUCGAAAAAUGACUGAAAUAACCUUCCGUAGCCUUUUAAAUAAGAUCGCAGAUGAAUUAAGAGACACAGAUUUGCAACGCUUGAAGUAUUUGUGUCAUGGGAAAAUCGGAGCUGGAGAAUUAGAACGCGCAACUUCGGCCAUUGAAUUUCUUCGCUUGUUACAGCAAAGAGAAAUGAUAUCGAAAGAUGACGCCUCCUUCCUUGAAGAACUUUUGUAUCAAGCUCAAAGAAGGGAUUUGGCAAGCAGGGUCCGCACUAGUGGCUGUACACGAAUGGAGACCGAAAGCGGUGCUCCUAUGGGAGAAACACUUGCGGAUACCAAAUUCCGUAGGUUGUUGAGCAAUCUAAGCGACGAGUUGACCAAAAGAGACUUGGACUCUCUCAAAUUUUUAUUAGGAUUGCCAGCCUCUAUAAGUGAAAAGACCUCUUCAGGCUACCAGUUGUUCAUGUACUUGCAAAAGAAGGGGGAGAUUGGACCCUGCAACCUUGAUACCUUACAGGAAACCCUUGCAGACAUCCACCGAAGGGAUCUGUCCAAAAAAAUCGGGGAAUAUAAAGAAACUAGAGGAGCAGUGCCCCCCAUUACUUAUCCUUCAGGUUCUAGCACAAGACAACCUUCGAUUCACUCUGAGCUACCCCUUGCAAGGCCUCAGCCUACCCCAAUAUCCCCAAGACUGCCAUUAUUGAGGCCUGAAGACUUCAAAAAGAAGGCCUACUCAAACCCAAGUGGUUUGCCUAGCUCCUCAAGUGACCCUAGAUUCCCAGUUCAAUGUGAAGAAGCCGUCAUGCCUUUAGAUGAGCUAGAUGAGAUGCCAGCAUAUCCGAUGACCAGUAGGCCUCGUGGCAUCUGCCUUAUCAUCAGUAAUCAACACUUUGACAAACCUGAGCUCCGUAAAAGAGACGGCAAUGAACAAGAUGUGGAAAACCUUAAAAGAACAUUUGAAAAUUUGCAUUUCGUGGUUGAGAUUAGACAGGAUAAAACUGCAAGUGAAAUGUAUACUAUUGCGAGAGAGUUCUCUUCUAUAGAUCACAGCGCUUAUGAUUUGUUUGUCUGCUGUAUAUUGAGUCAUGGUAUGCUUGGGAGUAUAUAUGGCUCAGACAGCAACCUCAUAGAAAUAAAUGAAAUUUCAAGUCAGUUUAAAGGCAAUGCCUGCCCCACGCUAGCACACAAGCCAAAGCUCUUCUUUAUCCAGGCCUGCAGGGGGCAGGACUUUGACAGAGGGAUCCAAGCAGAUGCUACUAGGGAUAUGGAUGUCUCUGAUGCUGUUCGGCAGAAUGCAGAGCCAAAUGAGAGCCACUUUCUACUUGGAUACGCCACUCCUCCAGGGUAUGUGAGCUGGCGAAGCCAGGUUCAUGGCUCCUGGUACAUCUCGUUUCUUUGCGAAGUCUUGUCCACUUACUGUGAGCGGUACGACCUGGUUACGAUGAUGGUCAAGGUGAAUGACAAAGUGUCUGAAGCGUUCACCAGGAAGGGCUACAAACAGUGCCCAGCACCUGUUGUGACUUUGAGAAAGCGGAUCUACCUUAAUGAGAAUUAAGACCAUUGCAUAUACAUGUAUGUAUAGUCCAGUCAUUCUACAGGAAAAAGUAGUGCAACCGUCAUUUUUAAACAAAAGUUUUCUCAAUAGAUUUCCAAGCAGAAACUAUUUAUUCUUCUUUCUUUUAAAGAGGGUUAUCCGGGGUCACCUUUUUUAGUGUUUUAAAUAUAAUAAUUGUUUUAAAUAUUGAAAGACAAUUAUGUAGGGAAUUAUGUGAAGCUCAUAACAAAUUAUAUUGAAAAUAUUUCCAUGCUUGAUGCAAAUUGCUGAGGAUAACAAAAGUUAGCUGACAAAAUCUGAACAUACAUGAUGUUCAUACUUUUCUCUUUUGUCAGCCAUUGUAUUGUCAUUCAUAUUGGCACAAUGAACAUCGACGGCAAAACACCCACGUAACUAAUACUGUGGAUAAAAAAGCUUUUGUUACCAUUACUGAUAGCUUAAAUCGUAGAAUGACUGGUCUAUAAUCACAAGGCCUGUUUUAUAAUUCCCAGUCGACACUGGUUCGUGCUCAGAGUUCAGGGCCAAACUAAGGGGCGGGGCGGGGGGGGGGGGGGGGGGGGUGAAGGGUCUGUGUGCACCCCCUUGGGGCACCAGGCGUUGGUUCAAUGCCUCCAAGUAUGAGAUGACUAGCAAAUUACUCCUUGAGCAAUUGCAUAUACUAAUGUAUAUAUGCCAGAUGUGGAAAGUGUUAAAGGUAAACUGUGUUUCUAAUGAGCACUCUUACAAUGUAAGUUUAGAUAAGUGACCUCGGAGAAUGGCAGUAUUCUCUUCAACAUGAGGAACAGGCGCGUACUCAUACGUAUCAUAUGGAAAAAGCACAAUAUUUGAAGAUUCCUUUAUAACAAAAUGACCCACUUUUUGACGGCGAAGGGUGCGCGCCUGGGAAUAGUUAGCAAAAGUGAUAGCAUUAACAAUGCUAAACAAUAAAGUUAGUUAAAUUAACGAGAUUACUUCCGGCUUUAUACGUAACAAUCUCCGAUUAUCUUUAAAGGAAAGUGCGAAAAAUAUUUCUAAAUUGUAAAAGCAAUGAGUCUAUUAGAAGUUUCUUUGAGGAUAUGACUGAUAAUUUAGAGCCGAUGGCCUGUAGCGCGGAUUCUAAUAUAGAUUAUUUUGUUUCUUGUUGGUUGAGGUUUCAUCGGCCCGCUGGAAGAAAGCCCUAUAUACACCUUCAAUAAAGGUUGUCAGUGCGAACAGCGAAUGGCAAUUGCCAAAUGAUAGUUCUACGACAGAUAGGUGUUUAUGGGUAGCAAUUAUUUUUAAAAAUUAAGGUGAUAAAUAAACUCAAGCGAUAUCGAACCAUAUAUUAAUUAUAUAACAUGGAUAGCCAUAUGGUUUAUUUAUAUUUUUCUGAAUUUUGGAAUAAAUAUUUUGGGAUCCAUGGGUCCUUUCUGUCGUAGAACUGCCAUUUGUCAAUGGCCAUUUGCCAUUUGCACUGACAAUUUUUUUUUUUAAAUAGGUGUAUGAGUUUAUACGAUUCGGGGAAUACAAAAUGUCAUGAAAUCAGGGCAUUUCUGAUACGUACAUUUCUGAAAUAUGGACUCAAAAAAAAUUAUCAUCUCUGGGAGUACAUUAGAGUGUUUGCUUUUUGUCAUUUCUACCUUUCCACAAGAUAGCCAUUGUUCUCAAUAGAAAAAUAAAUAUACGAUUAUACAGCUGUUAAAAGAAAAUGCGACUUUUCAAAUAAGACAACUGACACUC